UAUCUAUAUUUUUCAAUUUUUUUUCAAAAUUAUAAUUAGUCUGAUAUGGGACUAUUAUUUGAAGAAGAGUUCCAGCAUCAAAUCAAUGCGUUUAUAAGUGAUAGAAGACAAAAUAAAGUUGUAGGCUCAUUUGACAUAGCUAUUCAGACUGUUUUACUACUUCGUAAACUUGUUGGUGGUACAAAAUGGAGCGAUGAAAAAGAAUUAAUUGAGUCUAUUAAAAGUGUUGCAACACAGAUAACAGAUGAUACUCUGGAAAUAUCUUCUGGAAAUAUGAUCAGAAGAAUUUUAAAAUUGGUCAGGGAAGAAUAUGAUGAGUUAGCAGGAAAGAAGUCUGAUGGAAAUGGCAGUGAGUCUUUGCCAACAAGUAAGUUCACUCAACCAAUUCAUAUCAACUUAAAAUCAGCUGUUAUUGAUUCAAUUAAUGAAGUUAUAAGUGAGCUGGAAACUUGUAGAGAUAACAUUGCUACACAAGCGUUAGAACAUAUACACUCUAAUGAAGUUAUAAUGACAUAUGGUAACUCUAGAACUGUUGAAAAGUUUCUUAAAAAUGCUGCAAGAAAGAGAAAGUUUACUGUUAUUGUUGCAGAAUGUGCUCCUUAUUAUGAAGGCCAAAAGCUUGCAAAAAGUCUAGCAGAAAGUGGUAUAGAAACAACUGUCAUUUCAGACUCAGCCAUUUUUGCAAUAAUGUCUCGUGUAAAUAAAGUCAUAAUUGGAACAAAUGCUGUUAUGGCUGAUGGUGGUUUAAAAGCUAUCAGUGGAACCCAUGCUAUGGCAUUAGCAGCAAAGCACCACUCAGUUCCAUUGAUUGUUUGUACAGGAUUAUUUAAACUCUCUCCAAAGUUUGUUUGCAGCUAUGACCUAAAUUUAAUAAAUCAGUUUCAUUCACCCAGUGAUGUUAUUAAGUUAAAAGAUGGCAGUACUUUGUCUAAAGUUGAAGUUAUUAAUCCUCUUUUUGACUAUAUAGAAGCUGAUUUAGUAAAUUUGUUUAUUACUGAUGUUGGUGGAAAUGUGCCUUCUUACUUAUAUAGACUUUUAUCAGAAAUGUAUCACCAAGAAGAUUAUGAAUUGUUUUGAAUAUUUAUUCAUUGUUAUAUUGAUAAUACUUAA